CAACACUGCUUCGCGAAGUGACCAUGGCAUCGUCCAGGGCCACAUUUGGCUAUGGAGGCGGCAGCGGAAGCACCGGCGCUGGCAGCGGAGUGCCGGCGUUGUGUCUCGAUAUCCCCUCUCAUACUCCUGCAGGCGAACCGAUCCCCCCGUCCGAGCAGCUGAUGCAGCUCGAUCAGGCCAUCACUUUGACGCUUCAAGAGAUCGACGCAAACUUUGCACGCUCGCAUCAGACCAUCACCAAUCGCAUCUUGCCGGCGGUGCGCAGGUAUGGUGUAGCGAGCAUGACGACAUGGGAGGGCGCCAAGUUCUGGCAAGGCUUCUUUGAGACCGCGGCCAACGUGUCGCUUUCGCCGCAGUCGACGAUGGACCCGGAGACGACGACGGAGGAGACCUCUUCCCAGACUCUAACGUUGGACGGCCAAGAGGACACCAGCGCGACAAGCUACGAUGAUCAGAGGGGAAAGGGAGCGGGGAUCGAUUACAGCCUUAGCUCAGUGGGAGCGGGCGAGGACGACUCGAUGGACGACAGCGUCGACCAAGAGGCCUUCCUGGCGAGUCUCAACAAAAAGACGCGCAAUCUUAGCGUUGCUUCCGAUCCGCGUGACGAGUCGCAACGGGCACCCGUCGAGUCGCCAUUCGAGAGGCUCCGCAAGGAGCUCGAAGGCGACUUUGAGAAGGGCGAUCGAAGACCAAAGCAUCCUUACCCACAGGGCGAGGACCUGGCACCAGACCAAAAGGAGCUGACUGAGGGUAUCGCGGAGCUUGGUCAACACAAGAGCUCGACGACACCAAAGCCGCCAAGCCAUAAAGCGGUGACGCGCAUCUUGGAUUCGGCUGGAAAGCGACGCAGCGGCGGUCCUGGCUCUGUCGCCCGUGUGCAGGCCACUCCUCGGGGCAAAGCGAAUCCGUUUGCAAACAUCGACCAGAAUGGCGAGGCCAAGACGACAGGGCGGCCGACGCCUUCGUCCUCGAGCCCGUCGAAGUGGAAUGGAAUUGCGGACCUGCGCAAGACGCCUCUGGCCAAGGUCAAGGACAAGAAGAAGCAGAGAGACGAUGGCAAGGCACGAAAACAGGAGUGGGAAGCAUCAGAUGACGAAGAGAGCGGCUUCGGGCUGCCGGCAGGCAUGAGCCCGCCGGUGACAAUGCAAUUCUCGGUCCCCAGGAGUCGCUACGCCAAGACACCCGCCAAGCAAGCAGCUCAGUUGAUGGUCGAUGACCUGCUCAAGUCGGUCCAGGCGAAUAGCCCGGCAGCCAGAGCGAGGGCGCAGAAGCUUCGCAACUCUCAGUGGGAGCAAGACGGUGUCUCGAGAUCAGGCGAGCCAUCAACCUCGUCCAAGCCGAAUCUGAUCAACACACCUCUCAAGAAGGUCGUCAGCAGCUCGCGCAAGCGUAGAGACUCGCUUCCCACGCCUCCCACCAUCACCAAGCGUAUGGAUGCGACCAAGACCUUUGGCCCCACAACGACACCUUCUGCGGCACCCUCUGCUCUGCACAGUGGAUCCAUCCCCGCCUCAACUUCCGCGUCCAGCGUCAAGUCUUCUGGUCAAAAAUCGACUGCUGCCAAGCUCAUCGAUCGAGACGAGGGCGGCGGUGGAGGUUCUGAAGAUGACGACGAAGAGGUGCCAGAGGACCUGGGCACAGGACUGUCCAAAGUGGCCAUGGCAAAGACCUCGGCGGGUGUCGACAAGCUGCUCCAAGUCGAUGACGAUGAGGAGAGCGACGAAGAGAGCGACGAUGACGAUGAAGAGGAAGAAGAGGACUCAGAAGAGGACAGGGGCGCCCGUGGGGCAGCGCACAGGAUGAGGACGACGGUGGCCUCGCCCCUGACAACGAGCAGCAUGGCGAGCAGCAGUCGCAACAUCGACCAGGACACCUUAUUUGGGAUCCGCGAGGUCGACCAGCGCCCGUCGCCUGCUGCGUCCGGCAGCAACUUCAGGCCGAUGGGACAGGUCGACGAGACCGUGUACAACGGAAGACCACUACUGAGCGAAGGAAGGGACGACACAUACAGCGCUCCGAGCCCGACUCCAUUCGGGAGGCGGUGAAGUCAGCUUUAUCUUUCCUUUCUGCCUGUACACCCGAUUGUAAUGUAGCGAAUAUGGGAGUAAAAUUUGGGUAGCAAAAUGUACACUAUGGAGCCUGUAAAGAAACAGAGGAAGG